AUAUAUAUAUAUAUAUAUACAUAUGUAUAUAUAUUUAUAUACAUAUAUGUAUAUAGAGAGAAAUGUAGUUAAAAAUGAACUUCUGGGGUAAACAACAUGUGUAUUUAGUGUAGCAAGAUUAAUUUUAUGUGGGAAUGUAGAAACUAUACAAUGCUAUCUGUGCCUUUUUUUUGUAAUCUGGCCGCCCAUGUAACAGCAGCUAGCUUAUUUUUGGACAUAGCUUAGCGGCAGUGGUUAGAAACAGCGACUGUAUCCAGAGUAUCUGCGGGCGAAUGUUAGAGGAAAUGUCAGAGCUCCAUCUGAACUGUUCGCUGAGAGUCCUGGAAGCCGAGGCGAGAAUGAAAGAACAGGGCUUGAGCAUAUAAGACGGAGGCAAAGGAGAAUGAUUUCACGGUACAACCGGAGACCUGUAUCGCACAAACUCGAGAUUCGUGGGUUGUCUCGAAGCAGCCUUGACCACCAUCCUCUCCCAGAAGAAGCAAACGAUAACCAAACGCCUCGGUGCUACCUCCAUGACCUGCAGGAAGCUGCCUCCGCACACAACAGCUCAGAGACAUCUGCUGCCUCGGGCCACUCUCAGUGUCCCACUGUCAUCUCAGUAGACCCCAACCAGUCCUGGUCAGGUAUUCACAGCUCCACAGGUACUGGGAUCUCCACCGAGAGGAGUUCUGUUUUCUCCUGGGGCUACGAUGAGUUUGACAAGGCAGCAUCACGGCAGGUGCAGAAGAUGUUUGAGGAGAUCGACAAAGAGAUGUACGAGGGAAGGGGCAGCGGGGGAGGGAUACUCCAGGGGCUGCAAGAUGAAUGUCAGCAGUGGGCCACACGUUUCCCUCAUCUUCGUAUCCUGGGGACUCAGCUGCUGUGUCCCAGUGAUGAGGGCUUCCAGUGGUAUACUACCUCAGGGGAAGGCAGCUCUUCUGGCAGGCCGCCAGCAGGCAAAGAAAGCAAUGUGAAGCCCCGGGAGAAAGAUAAGGGAGGCAAAGAGUUGAACGUGCAGGGCAGGAGAGCGGCUCUGGUCAGGUCCAACUCACCAGACUUGGAUGGGCAGCCUGGUACCUCCAGUGGCACCAGUAGCCAUGACAAGCAGAGAGUGAUUGAAGUAGAGGGUCAGAUGGAGGAGUACCUGGCUUUUGAUAGCACAGACUUGGAGGAUGACCAGUGGGAACAGGAUUGCUCGGAGUCAGGUCGGAGGCAUCACUGUCUGCCCCCAGUCUCACCAUACCGGUGUCGCCGUCAAGCCGUUCUCGAUCUGCUGUUUGAUGAUAUGUGGUGGCAGCUGGUUGGCUGGAUGAAAGAGCUGGUUCAACGCCACUGGGAAUGCUACACUUUGCAUGAUGAAAAGAUUUCUGGGAACUUGAGCCCCGUGCAGCAAGACUCCCAGAAUCCCUUUAUGCUGCUCUCCUCACUGCCCACGAUGCUGCCCAAACUUGGCCAGAGCCGGGUACCCCCACUCGCUGCUGGCCUGCAGUUCCAGAAUGCAAAGUCAAGGGGCUCAAAGCACAAGUCCAGACGGAAAUCCAAAAAGCAGAAAAGACCUUCCAGUGCUGGAAGGGUCCCAGGAGGAGCGGCAGCGACUCAGCACAACCUGAACGACCUCAUUGUGAUCCACAGCAUCCCCCUGCAGCAGAGGAACCUUGGUGCGCUGGAUAGAAGCCAGGAGCCAGAAGAGCGUGCGUCUCACAGACCAGGAUCCAGCGCGGUCCCCUCCAACAAACCUCGCCCUCGCCGACCCCUGGAGCAGAGCUCUUCCUCGCUGUCCCGCUCGGCACAGUCGGCUCGACGCAGGAACCCUCCUCCCCGAACCCUCCUGCCUCUUGUUCCCAAUCUGAGUCAGUCUAGCGCAGUGGGAUCCAUGGAUGAGGUCAUCCGCGGGACACGUCUACCCACGGCCAGUGACCGACUGACCUCUCCACCAUUGCCUCUGAGCAGAAACACACUCCUUCCCCCCAUUAGCACUGGGGACCCAGACUCAUCUUACUCAGGGCAGCCAUCUAGAACUGCACAGCGCCAGAAGGGGCCGUCCAGCCGCGCCCACAGUGCUAUAAAUGACGAAGCUGGCAGGUCAAUUCCGAGGGAUCGUCACCACCUACUGGAUGUUUUCUCUCGCCCCAACACAACUCACACAUACAGGUCGGACACUCCGUACCGUCGAUCCUUCACAGUAUUGGACAACAUUGGGCAGGGGCGACCAGGCAGGGCCUCUGUGGGCACAGACUCUCUCGGAAUCGGUGUGACCGGCAUCAGUCUUGGCAUUAGCAGCUCGUCUUUCUUGGACUCAUUUUCCCACCACCCCUUGGGGCACUCGCCCAUCAAAGACGAAGAGGAGCCAGACCCACAAGCCCCUGUCCCAGCUCCACCGGUGCCUGCGUCUGUCCCCCCUCGGUCCCACACGCGAGGAGGCAUCUCAUCCAGAGCCAGCAGACCUGGCUUGUAGUUUGCCUCUAAUCUCCAGACUCUUGAGCCACUCAUCUUUAUACAGUGCAACAAACUGCAACCCUUUGCAGCAUCCGUGCCCACUGAACAGUUUUGUUUUACAGAAGUAGCAGAUUCUUUUUCAUAUUUUGCUGCUUUUGUAAUAUUUUUGUGAAAGCCCUAUUUUUGUAUUUCACAAACUGGCUUAUGAGGCUGCCAAACACAAAUAAUUUUCAACAGUAACUCCAUCUUCAUGUACAGUAUGAGCUGCAUACAUGGACCUUUGUACUAAGUACGUAUGAUGUGAAUAUGUAUAUACCUAUUUAUAUGUUAAUGUACUGUAUAUUAUCCUCUGGUGUGUUGUUGUACUGGGAAACGGCUAUGCAGGGAAUAACACAUCCACCCGACAGGAUUACAGAGGAUAAAAAGCACUUUUUUUCCUCUGAUGCUACAUCAGAGUUUGGUACUGUAUCUUUUAUAGGGACACAAUUUUCAGCCAUCCUGUGUAUAAAAUGAGCAUUUAUCCAUGGCUUCUUUGCAUAUCAUAAUGCACGGGAGAAAAAAAUAAAACAAGAUAUGCCACCUUGCUCUCUGUGAAAGCUUAUUUAAAAUCAUAGGAGGGGCUGUGGGUGUAAGGCUGCAACUACACUAAAGGAAUACAAGAGGCAGUGAUAUUAUGUGUAAAUAGCUUGUCAUGUAUGUACAAAGUUUUGUAAGGAAUGUGACGUUUAAUCUAAGCCAAGCCAAGCGGGGGUGCACUAACGGUAACAUCAGGGUUGCUGCAAAAAAGGAUUGUUUAUAUGUAAUCAGACAUGCCACAAAGCUUGAAUUUUUUUCAAUGCAUUUUCUUUGAACCUCUUUUAUAAAAAAAUA